ACUGGUGUCCGCAGUCUGCGCUCUUCCUGACGUGUCCCGCCCUCCCCAGCUGUGCACCCUUUCUGUACAGCUGGGAGCGCACGUCGGGAGUCUAGCUAUGUCCGCGGAAAGGGAGGCAACCGAGGCGGCCACUGUGGCGGCGGAGGCAGGGGCUGGGACCGAGACCCCGACUGGGGCAGGGGAGGAUGCGGCGUCGCAGCCCCCGACAGCCGAGGUGGCAAGCGACUCGCAGCCGUCCCCAGCCCCCGAAGCGUCGGCCUCCGCCUCGGCGCCGCCGCUCCGCUGCCUGGUACUCACCGGCUUCGGUGGCUACGACAAGGUGAAGCUGCAGAGCCGGCCGGCGGUGCCCCCGGCCCCGGGUCCGGGUCAGCUGACGCUGCGCGUGCGAGCCUGCGGGCUCAACUUCGCCGAUCUCAUGGCCCGCCAGGGGCUGUACGACCGGCUGCCCGCGCUGCCGGUCACCCCUGGCAUGGAGGGUGCAGGCGUAGUGGUGGCCGUGGGCGAGGGUGUUGGCGACCGUAAGGUAGGGGACCGGGUGAUGGUGUUGAACCGGUCCGGGAUGUGGCAGGAGGAAGUAACUGUACCAGUAGUCCAGACUUUCCUGAUGCCUGAGGCCAUGACCUUUGAGGAGGCCGCUGCCUUGCUGGUCAAUUACAUCACAGCCUAUAUGGUUCUCUUUGACUUCGGCAACCUGAGGCCUGGCCACAGCGUCUUGGUACACAUGGCUGCAGGCGGCGUGGGCAUGGCAGCCCUGCAGUUGUGCCGCACUGUGGAGAAUGUGACCGUGUUUGGAACAGCCUCAGCCAGCAAGCACGAGGUGCUGAAGGAGAACGGGCUCACGCACCCCAUCGACUACCACACAACUGACUAUGUGGAGGAGAUAAAGAAGAUCUCCCCCAAAGGAGUUGACAUCGUGAUGGACCCUCUGGGUGGGUCAGACACUGCCAAGGGCUACCACCUCCUCAAACCCAUGGGCAAAGUUGUCACUUACGGAAUGGCCAAUGUGCUGACGGGCCCCAAGCGGAACCUGAUGGCCCUGGCCCGCACCUGGUGGAAUCAGUUCAGUGUGACUGCUCUGCAGCUGCUGCAGGCCAACCGAGCUGUGUGUGGCUUCCACCUGGGUUACCUGGAGGCUGAGGUGGAGCUCAUCAGCGGAGUGGUCACCCGCCUCCUGGCUCUGUACAACCAGGGCCACAUCAAACCCCGAAUUGACUCGGUCUGGCCCUUUGAGAAGGUGGCGGAUGCCAUGAAGCAGAUGCAGGAGAAGAAAAAUGUGGGCAAAGUUCUCUUGGUUCCCGGACCUGAGAAGGAGACCUAGGGCCAGGCGUUGAGGGCGCCUGAGAGCCAGGAAGGGAGAAGCGGGAAGCCCUGUUGUGUUGCCCACCAGCCUCUCACAUUUCAUCCUCUGUCAUGAUGCUCUACCCUUCCCCUUUCUCUCCCUCCCUCCUGCAAAAGGUCUCCAUGCUGAUAACUUUCUCCCUGCCCUGAGCUUGCUCUUGCUCAGGGCUGUCCCUCCCCCUUCCUGCCCUCAGGAGAGGUUGGGAAGUGACCACUUGGAUGUCUGGGCCCUGCCAAGGGGACAGGGAGGGGUCAGCAGGAGGCUGGCGGCUUCCCCCCUCCCCCCUAAC